GUCAUUUAACAUUUCUAGGGUUUAAAUGUUGUGCCACUGUCUGAAAAAUUCUGCCUCCUUGUUCAAUUAGCCGCCUGGCAGCGAAACCCUAGGGUCGGAAUUCGUUGUCCUCUUUCCAAGUAAUGGCGACGGUUCCUGGACAGCUGAUAUGGGAGAUCGUCAAGAAGAACAAUUCAUUUCUGGUGAAGGAGUUCGGGAAUGGAACCGCCAGUGUUAAGUUCAGCAGGGAGCCCAACAAUCUCUACAACUUGCACUCCUACAAGCACUCCGGAUUGGCAAACAAGAAAACAGUGACAAUUGCACCGGGAAAGGAUCAGACGGUGCUGCUGGCAACUUCUAAGACCAAGAAACAGAAUAAGCCCUCCAGUUUGCUACACAAAUCUAUCUUGAAGAAAGAAUUCAACCGUAUGGCGAAGGCUGUUUCUAACCAGGUUGCUGAUAACUAUUACCGGCCUGACCUGAAGAAGGCCGCACUUGCAAGACUCAGUGUUGUAAACCGAAGUCUCAAGGUUGCCAAGUCAGGUGUCAAGAAGAGGAAUCGACAAGCUUCUUAGGUCGACCGGCUGUCGGAAAAUUAGAAAUUCAUAAUAUGUUGUUGUUUUAUCUGUUUUUUGCUUCUAUGUUCUUUAGAGAGCCCCAAAGUUCUUGCAAAUUUCCAUUCGGUUGAAAUUGCAGUUGGGGCUUCCAAGAAGUUUGAACUUGUGUGUACCUGAAUUAUUUAUUUUUACAAAAAGCAAAAAAAAAAAAAAAAAUUUAUGAA